AUGGCACCAGCUUCUUUGGCAGGGCUUUUUGGAGCUUUAGGGUUGACAGCUUUAGCAUCUGCUUCCGUGACAAAAAGAGGUCUCGACAAUUCUAGCAAAGACCAUGAUAUACUUGACUUUGUCGACCCACUUAUCGGAACUUCCAAUGGAGGUCAUUCAUUUGCGGGCGCAACUUUGCCUUUUGGCAUGGCAAAAGCAGUGGCAGAUACUCUCGGGGAGAACCAGGCCGGGUUUGCCUAUGAUACGCAAUAUGUCUCCGGAUUCUCUCACAUGCAUGACUCUGGGACUGGUGGUUCUCCAUCUCUGGGCAAUUUUCCCCUUUUCGUACAUCCAAGCUGCCCCAGCGACGAUCUAGACCAAUGCACCUGGCAGCAAUCAGCGCGAGCCAGUGCAUGGUCGUCGCCCCAAGCUCGCCCAGGGUAUUUCUCAAUCUCAUUAGCUAACGGCGUUCUCGCUGAGAUGACCGUUACGAACCGUUCCGCGCUCUAUCGUUUCACUUUUGGGAAUGUGACCAGCGAGAAACUCAGCCCUAUUGUCCUAGUCGACCUCAUGGAUCUUCCCCAGUCGCGCACUAACGGUACAGCAUCAGUGGAUCCGUCAACUGGCAGAUUGACUGGGAAUGGCACAUUUAGCCCUAGCUUCGGCAUCGGGACCUAUGAUCUACACUUCUGCGUAGACUUCAGAGGCGCUCAAGUCCGGGAUACUGGUGUCUGGCAGAACAACCGGGCUGGUACGAACCAGACAGAUUUAGUGCUGACUUACGAUGGUAGCAAUUCUGCAUCGACCCUUAGUGGAGGUACAUUCACCAGAUUCAAUGCUCCGACGGCAAAUGACACGCUUAUGGCCAGGGUCGGGGUAAGUUUCAUCAGUGUUAACCAGGCAUGUUCCAAUGCAGAGAACGAACAGCCUGAAUUCGACUUUCCUGGCACUGUGCAAACAGCAGAGAAUGCAUGGAGGGAUAAACUGAGCGCAAUCAGUGUUGAUGCAGAAGGAACUUCGGACGACCUGCAGAAGGUGUUUUGGAGUGGCAUCUAUCGCGCAAUGAUUAGUCCACAGGAUUACACGGGGGAGAACCCACUUUGGCAGAGCGAUGAGCCGUACUAUGACAGCUACUACUGUAUCUGGGACUCCUACCGCGGCGUGCACCAGUUGCUGACCCUGGCGGAUCCUCUGUCGGAGUCUCUCAUGAUCCGAAGUCUCAUUGACAUUUACCGUCACGAGGGAUAUCUUCCCGACUGCCGCAUGUCACUGUGCAAAGGCUACACCCAGGGAGGCUCCAAUGCAGACGUGCUCUUGGCUGAGGCUCUCUUAAAGAACGUGAGUGACAUCGAUUGGGCGACGGCUUAUGAAGCCGUGGUGAAAGAUGCCGAGGUCGAGCCAUCGAACUGGAAUGUCGAGGGCCGAGGGGGCCUGGAGAGUUGGAAAACACUGAAUUUCAUCCCCACAGAUGACUACGAUCCGUACGGUGUAGGCUUGCACACUCGCAGCAUCUCACGAACGGUCGAGUACGCCUACGAUGAUUACUGCAUUGCCGAGAUGGCACGCAUCCUAGGCCACGAGAGCGACAACGAGAAAUAUACCCAGCGCGCCAAGAAUUGGCAGAACAUGUUCAGAGACGACCAGCAGUCAACCAUCAGCGGAGUAGACACAGGCUUCACCGGCUUUCUCCAGCCUCGUUACCCGAACGGAACAUGGGGCUAUCAGGACCCGAUCUUCUGUAGCCCACUGUUGAACUUUGAUUCGUGCUAUCUUAACGCCAAUGGCCAUGAAACCUACGAGGGCAGUGCUUGGCUUUAUUCAUUUUACGUGCCGCAAGACAUGGCCUCGUUGAUCACCCGUCUCGGAGGCCGCGAGACGUUCGUUUCCCGGCUGACGUACUUGCACAACUCCGGCCUUCUUUACGUCGGCGACGAGCAAGCCUUUCUGACCGUGCAUCAAUUCCACUACGCUGGCCGUCCCGGACUUUCCACCAAACAGGCUCACGCCUACAUUCCGUCCCAAUUCAACACCUCCGUCUCUGGCAUCCCCGGCAACGACGACGGAGGCGCUAUGGGUGCGUUCGCAGCGUUGAGCAUGAUGGGACUUUUCCCCGUCCACGGACAAGAUGUAUAUCUGAUUAACCCGCCAUUCUUCAAAGAGGUGAGCAUUCUGAACAAGGCCACGGGCAAGACCGCAAUAGUCCGGAACACCAACUUCGAUCCGACGUAUCAGUCCAUCUACAUUCAAAAUGCCACUCGAGAUGGACACCCAUGGACCAAGAAUUGGAUCGGCCAUGACUUUUUCCGGGAGGGUGGUGUCCUUGAGCUUGUGCUGGGGCCUGAGGAGAGUGCUUGGGGGGCUCGUGAGGAGGAUGUUCCUCCGAGUAUGAGUGGUUGA